CUCCCCCCCAUUCAUCCUCCCCCCCCUCCUCCUCUGUUAUCCUCUGUUUCAUAUGAUAAUAUUCUUUAUAGAUCAAAAUAUUUACUGUAUUCUUUCAUUUGCAAUGCUUUAGCAUUCUUGUAUCAUUUCACAUCAAUUUUUGUUCUUUUUUUAUAUUUAUUUUUAUUGCUCGUAUAUAUAUAUAUAUAUAAAUUUUUGUAUAAAAUAAUAUAGAUCCCAGAAAAGCCCAAGAAAUGGCCUCCAUUUCUUCUAGUCCUAGAACUGUAGAGGAGAUCUUCAAGGAUUUCAGCGCUCGCCGGGCUGGAAUUGUUCGAGCUUUAACUCAGGAUGUUGAUGAGUUCUAUGGUCUUUGUGAUCCAGAAAAGGAGAAUUUGUGCCUCUAUGGCCAUCCAAAUGAAACUUGGGAGGUCAAUCUCCCUGCAGAGGAAGUCCCCCCCGAGCUUCCAGAACCUGCCCUUGGGAUAAAUUUUGCAAGGGAUGGUAUGAACCGCAGAGAUUGGCUUUCACUUGUUGCCGUGCAUAGUGAUUGUUGGUUGCUUUCUGUGGCGUUCUACUUCGGAGCACAGAUCAACCGGAAUGAUAGGAAGCGUCUUUUUAGCUUAAUAAACGAUCUUCCCACCGUAUUUGAAGUCGUGACAGAAAGAAAGCCUGCAAAAGACAAACCCAGCACAGAUAGCGGCAGCAAAUCACGCGGCAGUACCAAGAGAAGCAGCGAUGGAGUGGUGAAAAGCACCACCCCAAAAGCGUCCGAAGAAGGGUACGAAGAAGAGGAGGAGCACGGGGAGACGCUGUGCGGGUGCUGCGGGGGGAAUUACAACGCGAACGAGUUUUGGAUAGGGUGCGACAUAUGCGAGAGGUGGUUCCAUGGCAAGUGUGUGAAGAUCACGCCUGCCAAAGCCGAGGGCAUAAAACACUACAAGUGCCCUUCUUGCUGCUUGAAGCGCGGCAGGCCAUAAUAUCUAUUAUAACCCCUCCCCUUGCUGCAGUUCGCCGAGAAGAAGGAAAACAAAACAGCUUUGUUGCUUUUGAUGCUCCUCCUGACAUAAUAAUAAUAUAGUUAUAAUAGCCCAUUAUAUUUACACACUUCUUCCUUCCCUAAUCUGUCUGUUGCUGUGAUGAAUGUCAACAUUUCAAAAGAAGAUCACAAUAUAUAUAUAUAUACAGUUUUUUUUUUCUAUUUGUUUAAAUUGUUGUAGAUGCUUUCAUCAUAUUCAUAAAGCUUAACAAUAACA